CAACGGAUAAUAAACGAUUAGAUAAAAAAAUGCAGAUAAAAUUGCCAGUAAAUCAAUUGAUACGGAAAUAUCUACAACAUUCAUAUUUUUAUUGAAGCUAAGAAUAUUCAUGUUUUCUGCUUCGUUAAAUCAGAAUAUUAAAAGACAAGUGUGAAAAGUGCAUGUUGGUUCAACAAUCAACUUCUAAUGUUCAGUAAAUAAAUUAGUUUUGUCGAUGACACGCGUUCUGAGUACUUAGAGCAAGAGAAAUUUCGGAACAAAGUGUUCGCAGAAAAAGACAAGUAUGGAUGACGACAAUGACUUUAAUAAUGAAUUUGAGGUCGAGCAUAAGACCGCAUUUGAAGGCAAAACCGAGAGUUACAGAAUGAAUCUAUCUAUCAUAAAGAUGACGGAUGAUGUCAUAAAAGAUGGCCUCCAGACAGUGUUCGAGAAAGUGAAAGAGGUUUUAAGAAGACGUUUAGAAAAAUUACCUAAACAUAGCAGAAUCAUAGCUACUAUAAAUGUAGAAGGUGCCAUGAACGAAUAUGAUUAUACAGUAUUCGCUCUUAAUGCUUUUAUAAAACUUCAACCAAGAGAACCGAAAGCCGAUAUGGCAGAAUAUGUUAAAAAACGUGUCCAAGAGGCACAACAAAAGAUCCAAACCAAAUAUUCCGAUUAUAGUAAACAAAACAAAGGAGAUAAACACCUCCUUUAUUUGUACCUGCAAAUUCAUAAAUUCACUGAUGUUCAAUCUAAUGAUAGCAGUAUCGAAAAGUCACUUUUUGAAAUCAAAGAGCUAGAAAAGGAUUCAAAAAAAAUUGAUUUAGGUGACAUUGUUUAUCCUGUCCUAAUGGACGAUAUACCAAGCAUAGCAGAGAAAAAUAAUAUUAGUAUCAACGUUUACAUGUCAAAGCAAGAAGGAGUAAUAGAAGGACCCGUGUACUACAAAAUGAAAAAGAAAAAAGAAAAAAGAAAAAACAUUAACUUGUUGUGGUCUUGUGAAAGCGAACACGAUCAUUUCAGUUCUGAACCUGGUAUCAAUACCAAUCGCUGCGAUGGUUGCUUAAAUUUCUUUGAUAAUGAGAAGUAUUUAGAACUUCACAAAAGUGAAUGUCUUCGUGUUAAGACAUCAAUCCCACAGGCUAAAACUAUUCAGUUUGAUAAUAAAGAUCGUGCAAAAAAAGCACCCUUUGUGGUGUAUGCUGAUAUCGAGACCGCUGUAAGCAAAACUUUAUAUCAAAAUAAAUUAACAUCAAAAGAUAUGCCAAACAAAAAUUGGACGAGAAAUAUAAAAAAACAUGUGCCAUAUCGUUAUGGCUAUUACAUAAAAUGCGAUGAUGAAGAUUUUUCUCUUCCCUUUAAGACAGACGUGAAUCCAAACCUUGAGCACAUUGUUAGUAAAUUCACGGAAAAUUUAGUUAAAGAUCUUAUGACACAGAUAACUAAGUACAAAAAUAAAAAUCCAGAGGCAUCUAUAAAAACAGUGCCUGUGUUAAUGCAUAACUUUAAAAGCGAAAAUAGCUGUUUUAUUGUCCAGGGUUCUAAUUGUCAAUCUAUGUACAAAAAUUACUCUGCAAUACACAAAAUAGUGAAAAGUGAUGUGGGAGAUAUUCAGUUACGUUUUCUUGAAUCACGCGGAUUUUUAGAUGAAUCAUUGGAGGAAUCCAUAAAGAACAUGAAAAUAGUCUUUAAGGAAAUCGAAAAAAUGUGCAGCGAUAUCAGGACUGAUGACAGUAAAGAUAUAAAGGAAACUGUAAUCGGAGCCGGGGGUUUUCCAUUUCCAAGGGAAUAUAUAGAAUCACCUGAAAGUUUAAGAGAAAAUCGUUUUCCGGAUUUACCAACUACCAAUGAUGAUGCUUUGAUAUACAAAGCAAUGACUGAUACACAAAAACAAAAUGGCAGAAAAAUUUGGCAGAAAAUUGGAUGUCGGAAUAUCAACGACUAUUUGGAGUUACGUCUUAAGGCUAAUGUUCUCUUUCUUGCUGAUAUUAUCGAAUAUUUGAGACAGCUCUGUAUAAGCAAUUAUGAAUUAGACCUAGCGUAUUAUUAUUCAAUUGCUGGAUUAAGCUGGGACGCGAUGUUGAAAUCCACAAAUAUAACAUUACAGCUAUUGCCUGAUGUUGAAAUGUUAUUGUUUAUCAAGAAAGCUAUUAGAGGGGGUUACAUACAAUGCAGUAAGAGGAUGGCUACCGCCAAUAAUGAAAGAAUGUUAGAAUACGAUCCAAAGAAGGAUAAAUCAAAUUUGAUGUUUUAUGACGCUAAUAAUCUUUAUGGUCAUGUAAUGUGCCAGAACCUGCCAUAUGGAGGAUUUGAGUGGGUUGAUACGAAUGUCAAUUACAAAGUCGGAGAACAUUCAGAUGUAGGUUAUAUCUUGGAGGUCGAUAUCGAUUAUCCAGAUUUUCUACACGACUUGCAUUCUGACUUCCCUUUCUUCCCUAUUAAGAAAAACGUAGAUGGUAAUAAUUACAAACUUCUUGUAGCUGAUCUUGGAAAAAGAAAGCGCUACGUCGUUCAUUAUUUAUACUUACAACUGCUCGAAGAGCAAUUCAACGAGCAAUUGAAAGCGAAGAAGUUGUCUAAACCACCCAAGUUGAUUACAAAAAUUCAUCGUAUUCUAAAAUUUAACCAAAAGCCAUGGUUAAGAGAAUACAUAAAGAACAACAUUGAAAAACGUAAAAUGGCUAAAGCUACUAAGAAAGAUACUGAGGAAAAGUUAUUCAAAUUACUAAACAACUGUAUAUAUGGAAAAACAAUGCAAAAUGUGGAAAACCAAGGAGAUAUUUUACUUCUUGACAACUGGGAGGAUAGCGAUAACCGAAGAGGUGCCGCACACUAUGUCCUACGUCCUGAUUUUCACAGUCUGUCCAUAUGUUCCGAAAACAUGGUAGCAAUAAAAUUACACCAUACCAAUUUAAUAUUUAAAUAUCCCAUCUAUGUAGGAUUCUGUAUUUUAGAUCUCUCGAAGGCAGUUGUGUAUAAUUUCCACUACAAUGUUAUGAAAAAAACAUUCAAAAACAAUAUCACUCUACUUUAUACCGAUACUGAUUCUCUUUUUUAUGAAUUUAAAGGGGAUUCUUAUAAAUUGCUGGAUGGAAAAGAAAUUGAGAAAUACUUUGAUGUUGAGGAAUAUGCCAAUGGCAAUUAUGAUAAACUGUAUUCGUGUUGUUUUAAAGAUGACAUGGGAGGACAACUUACUAAAAAAUUCGUAGGUUUGAAAUCAAAGAUGUAUGCUAUAAGGGCUGAAAGUGAAGAUAAAAAGGAUAAGGAAAAAAUGAAAUCACCCCACUUGCCUAGUUAUGUCAAAGAUAAAUUGUCUUUAAAAGAUUAUGUGCAAUGUUUACGUUCUAACACACCUUUAUAUAAAGAAUACAAUCGAGUCAGAGCACUAGACCAUGAUCUGUACUCACAAAAUGUUAAAAGGGUAGUUAUAUCACCUGUAGAAAAAAAAAGGAAAAUUUUAGAUAAUAACAUUGAUACUUUGCCAUAUCAUCACAAACUCUUACCCAGACCCAGACCCAAACCCAGAGGCGGCGUAAGGCGUGGGCGAUGUGGGCCACCGCCUACGGCCUCGGGGUACAAGAGGCCUCGCGCCUCAUAAAUUUUUAUGCAUUAGUCUCCUAAAAUCCGGUAUCAAACUGAUUUUUUUUACGCCAUGAUUGAUUCUAUAAUAACCAGUAUGGAAUUAAGAUUUACGUCUUUAAAUCAACAUUUUCAAGAUUUCGGUUUUCGCUAUGAUUUAAGCAAGCUAAAAGAUAUGCCAGAGGAGCAAAUAUUAAAACACUGUAACGAUUUACAUAACGUCCUGCGUGUGGGUGAGAGCAGUGACUUCCAACCAUUUGAAUUAUAUGAAGAAUUAAAUUCAAUGAUCCCAACCCAACUUCAUUAUAGUUUUAUUUUAUGACUCUAUAGUUUUAUUUUAAAACACAAAUUAAUUUGUACCCAACAAAACGGCUUUCAAAAAGGAAAGUCGACAACUUUAGCAGCUUUCAAUUUGAUUACCAAAGUAAUUGAUGAAGUAAAUCAAAAGAAUGCGACCACAGCUGUAUUCUUUGACAUGUCCAAGGCCUUUGAUAGGGUGUCACAUGAAUCACUUUUGAAAAAAUGUGAACUAUAUGGAAUUCGCGGUAAACCAUUGGAAUGGCUGAGAUCAUAUUUGAUAAAAAGAAAUCAAUAUGUGGAGAUUAAUGGUCUCAAUGCAAAUAAAGAGGAAGUAACUUAUAAGUCGCGGCUAAAGAUAAAAAAACUUGGGGUUCCACAGGGAAGCAUUCUGGGUCCCUUACUAUUUCUACUGUAUAUAAAUGACUUGCCUGAGGUCACGAGACAUCAGUGUUCACUCUUCGCUGAUGACAUUGCUUUGGUUGUACCAUGCAGGGACAAAUUGACAUAUAAUAAUGAAAUCAAUUCUGCGAUUGCUGACAUAAUAAAAUGGCUCCAUUGUAAUAAUUUGAAAGUUAACAUGUCAAAAACUAAAUAUUUACAAUUUCAUAAUCAAGGUGGUAAAAAGCAGAUGCUUAAUCUGACAUUCAAUAACAUAACAAUUGAUGAAACAAAUGAAACAACUUUCUUAGGCAUUACAUUAGACAACUGUUGCACAUGGAAACCACAUAUAGAACAAUUAUGUACGAAACUAAACCGUUUCGUAUAUGUUCUAUGGCGUUUGAGUAAAAUCAGCAACAUACAGACAACACUAAAAGCAUAUCAUGGAUAUAUUGCAUCAAAUUUAAGUUAUGGAAUUUUGCUAUGGGGUAACUCAACAAUGGUGAAUAGGUUAUUUUUAGCGCAGAAGCAGUGUAUAAGAGGAAUCUGUAAUGUACCACCACUUACCAGCUGUAAACCUCUUUUUAAAAAACUUGGCUUAUUAACACUUUGCGGCAUCUAUUUAUAUGAAGUUUGCAUUUUUGUCAAUAGCAAUAUACAUUUACAUGCCUGGC